CCCAUGCUAAAAAUAAGCUAGAUGUAUGAUCAAUCGCAUAAUCCCAUGUUGUAAUUCCACGUUAGUUCUACCAAAAAAAUUUGUUGAAAAGGCCUAGAAAUCUUCUCUUGGGUUAGGAAUCUUACGAGCACAUGACUCAUGCUGUAAUCCCACGUUAAUUCCACCUAUAAAAUGCUGAAAAAGGCCUACAAAUCUUUCUCUCCGAUUACAAUCGUACAAGCAUGGGACUCCUCUCCUUCCUUUCUCCCAGCGCAGGACUCCUCCAUCUAAAAAAAGCACGGGACUCCUCUCUCCUGAUUCGUGUACAAAUCUGCCUCUGCCUGCAUGGCAGCAUUGAUGGUGGGCGGCGAAGAAAGGAUCGAUCAUCUGCAGUAACCACGCCGGCGUUCCCACCUCCCAAACCCUCCUCACGUUCUCAUGUCGCGCACGUCACACUUCAACUGCCUCAGCGGGAUUCCCUGCAGCAGCAAUGCGAGGCUGGAUGGCCUCCAGUGCCAGCGCGCCUUCAUAUCCAUCAAGUCCUCGGACUAUCCCUGCAAGCAAGGCUGGGUGCAGGUGGAAGGUAUCAAAUCUGCUUCUGCCUCCAUGGUGCCUGCAAUGGCGGUAAGGACGAUAUCUAUCUUCGGCAGUGACUAUGCCAACAUCCUCACCUCCCAAACCCCCGUCUCAUUCUCAUGUCACGCACUUAAAGUUUCAUCAUUCGCUUCCACACCUCAACUGUCUCAGCGGGUGCCCCUCCAGCAGCAACACGACGGCAACAGGACAUCAUGGCCCUCAAGUUCUCGGUUUAUACGUGCAAUCAAGGCUGGAGCGUCCCUUCUCCUAUCCUCACAAAGUUCAUGGAGAAUCUAAAUUAAUGAGGAUCAUAUCAUUAGCAUAUUUGGCAAUCUGACAAGUCGAGUGCCAGUUUGUUAGGAUAGAACCAUACGAUUUACUGUGGAUCAGAAUUGGAAAGAUCCGCUUUAUUCAUUUGCAUAUAUUACCACACGUACAAGAGUUUAUGGAUGACGAGAAGUGGAGGACCGGUGGCAAUCCAAUAGUAUUUGAGAACAACGAUCCAUUAAUUAGUAUUUAGAAUUAUUUUGUUCUUAAACCUAUUCUACGUACCAAUGAAAUAUUGAUGAUUUUGAGUUGAUGGAAAGCUUCAUGCAUGGAUCUGUUUGAUAUUUUGAGCACCGAGCACACUGUGCUUAUAUACAAAAUAUAUUUGUUCAUUUUGCCUGCAUAUUUUCACAUGUAUUUCAGGCGGUCCAUGGUUUCCAAUGCAAUUUUCUUGAAAUUAUAUAUAUACCGAGAGCGUUUGAGUCCA